AUGACACCCGACAAGCUGCUUUCCGGUUCUGUACUUAUCCAAAACAGGAUAAGUACAGAACCGGAAAAGAAGAGCAGUAAUAGUGUUGUGUCGUGUAGAAGGAAAACGUUCAUCGGGACACUGAACGUUCGUACUGUUAGGGAACAGUAUAAGAGGAUAGAGUUAGCAUCGCUCUUCCUUGAGAGUAGAGUUGCAGUUUUAGGGGUGCAGGAGCACCGGAUUGUGCAUGAGGAGGAGAUCAAGAUCCAGAGUUUUGAGAAGGGUGUGCACCUGGUGACCACACCUGCUUGGAGAAACACCCGACAAGCUGCUACUGGUGGAGUUGGGUUUAUGCUGACCAAGCAGGCCUACAAAGCAGUGAGUCUCAUGAAAUCGUUUGGGAAGCGAAUUUUUCUCAUAUCCUUUGAUGGAAACCCACGGCUUACAGUAAUAACGGUGAACAGUCCCACUGAAGCAGCAUCAAAUGAAGAGGCAGAGGACUUUCGCGAGGGACUAAGAUCUGUAGAAGGAGAGGUACCAGUCCAUUAUCUGCUAAUGGUUGUUGGUGAUCUUAACGCCCAUCUUAGCAGAUUGAAUGAGGAGGAUUCAGGUUGGUACUGGCAUCGAGUAUCCAACAGAAACGGAUCGCUUCUCAGGGAUACUUUGUUGGAGGGAAACCUUGAGGCAACAAACCACCGAUUCCAGAAACGUCCCGGUAAACUAUGGACGUAUGACGUAUCUCUCUGA